AUGGAUGAAGCCCCCCUUGCUCUCGCCGCGCUUUUGAUCGCCGUCAUAGCCUUGGUGAAUACCAUAGGCCAAGUUCUCCACCAAUACUACGCGAGCGCGGACGGGUAUCGACGGUGCAGUUCGGCGGUCAUCGGCAGCUGGGCGCGCUUCACGACGCGCCGCUUCAAAUGGCGCGAGUUCCGCUUCGAGACCAUCUUCGCGACGCCGCACAUCUUCCUGGACGCCGCGUACGACCUGCAGCGGAUCCAGACGUCGCCGACCGCGGGCCCGUUGCUUUUGUUAGAUGGCACGCCGGAAAUGGACCGGUGGGAGGGGCUGCAGACGCGGAAGACGGCGGCGAAUGCGAUGACCUUCGCCAAGGAGACGCAAGGGAAAAGUACGACGAGUGAGUUUUUUAUGAACUUUGAGGAGCAGAUGCGGCCGUCGUUGGCAAGGCGGGCGUGGAGUUCGAGGAUUCUUUCGGGGUUUUCGGCGGCGAGUGAGUCGAGAACAAGGAAUCCGAGGAGCGAGGCAUUUCUUCAGAUGCGAGGCGAUCCGGUGGGGAACGUGAUGGAGAACGAGCCGGUGAGCUGGAUUCCGCUCAUGCAGUGCUUGCAAUCGUACAGUUCGGAAUUGCGUAAUGCGGGCCUGCGGGUGUUUCAAGACACGUCGUCCGGCGGUCUACGUCAAGGCCGAGUAAUCGUUCCGGCAGUGCGGAUGACCAAGAAGAGCUGGGAUUUCGUGCCGCCCGACGUGCUGAAGCCAUAUGCCGUAUCCACGAUCAUGGAUGUCGCUAUCAUGGUUCAGCUACUUGGCAUGUGUUGGAAGACCUUCAAGCCGGAGGAGGGGACCCUGCUGGCGGAGUCGGAUGGCAGCAUGGUGACCAGCUCUCUCGUCAAACCUCUCGGGACGAUGUUGACGUUCGCGAAAAUGGACCGGCGAGCUGAGGAUGAACGGAAGCUUCAUGGCAUCGUGUUUUCGCCGGUCGAAGGGGCUACGCUUUUGGGGUUUGGUAUCAUCCCGGCCGACUUUGGCAUCGCGGAGAACGUUCGCGUCUUUAGUACUGAGCAGUGGUAUCAGGCGCUUUCAAGACUGACCAAGUCUAAGUCGGACAUCAUCCGAAGUUAUCCAGACAGUUGCAUCAAUCGAGCAAUGCUCGACUUCAUCGCCAUCAACUGUCCAGUGCUGCGACCAAACAACACCUGCAUCACGUACCUCGUCAAACCCAGCGAUCAGCUCGACUUUUCCCAACCCGGCAUCCGCGGUGCCCUCCGGGCUUUCACCAACCAACUCCUCCACCUCAACUCCACCCGCGAAUCCCCUGAGCCCUUCUACUCCGCCAUCCUCCUCCACUGCAGCGCUAUCCUCGCCCACCCUCGCUGGGGACCCCUCCGCGGCCGUCCCGCCUUCGUCAUGGACCGCUACAGCGACGACGCGAUGCUCGACCUCCUAAACAAGAUCCACGCCGCCUGGUACGACAUGGCGACCUACUGUAUCCGCACCCGCCAUCUCUGCCGCAGCGUGCUCGCCGCACACUUACACGCCGUGAUGACCGACUGCCAGGAGCAUUUCGCUAAGGUGGUGCGCGACGAGUCGCUGGAGGCGGCGGUGGAUCGCGAUGAUCGGCGCCCUGUGCGGCGAAAGGCCACGGCCGUAUAUUUCACGCAGUGUCUGCCUGCGGUGGUGCAAAUGUGUGGGGGUGGCGUGGAAAAGGAGAAGGUGGAGAUGUUUUGGGUGGCGAUGAUGUUUAAGGGGGUGUUUUGGCAUGCAAUCCAUAACUUUGAUGAUCGGGUGGUGGCGGUGCCUCCGAGGUAUUGGGAGUCGAAUUUACCAGUUUAUAUCGCAUGA